AGAAAGCAUGACAGUGAGCUGCGGAGUUGAGACUUUAAAACAGGAAAAUGCUACGUUUAGGUGUUUAAAAAUGAUUCCGGACGCUUCUUGACAUUGGCAUUAACGUACUUUAACGUUACUUUGAAGUAGUGUUUGAAGAACGACACUUUCAUAUGGGACUUGUGGUAUAAUAAUGAUUUUCGGAGAUGCUGUGGUCAGUUUAUCGCGGAUUACGGAAAGCUGCUGUCAGUGCAUUUAAAUCGAGUAGAGGACCUCCACCGGUCCGACGCCUGUUGUGUACCUGUGACAAUGGGAACACAAACAGACUGGCCGAUGCAGACACCAUUUUCGCCCUUUCGUCGGGUCACGGCAGGUGUGGCGUUGCCGUGGUGAGGGUCAGUGGUCCGGCCUCUCUCUCAGCUCUCAGGACCAUGGCUGGACUUAAGCACAAACCUCCACUCCCACGGACUGCACUGUUACGCAGCAUCACAGACCCUAGAACCAAAGAGGUGCUGGACCGCGGGCUGGUACUGUGGUUUCCAGGCCCACACAGCUUCACUGGAGAGGACAGCGCAGAGUUCCACAUCCACGGUGGUCCGGCUGUGGUCUCUGCAGUUCUACAAGCUUUAGGUAAAAAACUUAAGGGACACUGAUGUGCAAAAUCAGAUCAAU